UACUAAACUCAUGACGUCAUUAAUUUUUACACCGUCCAUUUCAAUGACGUGAACACAAGUGUCUGUUUAUUUUUGGUUUUCUACGAUAAACUGUUGAGUAUUUCACAUGGUUGCCUAUCCAGUGUAAACAGAACAAAAUAGCGGUUUCGAUAUGAGUUCUUUGGCAUUUGUUACACACCCCAGUGUGAGAAUAAAAGGUACUGAGAAUAGUUAUACACCUUCCCAAUGUCUUGAUGAUAGAUGUCCAGUUAAAGCACCCCAUCUACAUUGUCCAUUCUGUGUUAAAACUGAUGCUUAUCAAGACCCUGUCAUACUCAAGGCGCAUUACAGAGUUAAACAUGUAGAUAAGGGCAUAGAAUUUGCAGGUUUGAAAAUUCUUCGAUGUUGUGAUCAGUGUGACAUCAUUGGAAUAAUAAAAGGAGAAAAGAGAUUUAAAGGAGCACAUUGGCACUGCUACAGGUGCAGAAAUGGUUUCAAUAGAAGAGAUGAGGCUAUCAAACACUACAAAACCCAUUUUCGAAAUCCACAAACAACAUUUCAGAUUCAAAUUACACAAGACUUAAACUCUCCGCCUGAAGUAAGGCAUCAUGAUGAUCUAAGUAACUCUAGUCAAGAUGCUUUUGCGUCCAUUGAAAAUCCUGUCCAAGAGAUUAUUCACCCUACUCUUUCCCAGACCACCAUAGGCUUAACAGAUAAAAGUUCCACUAGCAACAGGCAUGGGAAUGUACAAAAGAUCAAAGUCAAACAUGAGUUGCUUGGUAAGGGAGAAGGUACUGGAAACCAUGAAGAUGAAGAAACAAUCAUGAUCAUACAAGGGGAUCAGUUGGAAUCUGCAUUUGCUAGUCAUAUCAUUAAUUCAGGGGAGCUGACAUCUUUAAGUAAAGGGAGUGUGGAUCCUAGCUUAUCCUGGGAAAUCAGAUUUAGGGUGGAGGAGGAGGAAAAGAACAUGUACAAAUCAAAAGCAGAAGAAUACAAAGCCCAAGUGGAGCUGCUUCAGCAGCAGUUAGCUGAGAUGGAAGCACAACUUGCUCAUCAAAGCCAACUCAAGCUUCAAGAACUUAUUGAUGCUCUCAGCUCUGGUGAUGCCAAUAAGCAAGGCUUAAGCCAACAGCUGUCUAAGUUCCUAGAGCAGUGUCAGAUGCAACCACCACAAAAUUCUGUGACCAUCAUCCAUCAGGAGAAUCCCCAAGAGAUGCAUCACCAUCAGGAGCAUGUUAUCAAAGUUGAAGACAAUUUAGGUCAGGAUUUAGCAGAGAACAGUGACAAUUCCUUGUCGGAUAAUUUAGAAGCUGCUGCUGUGCAUCAGCUGGAUGAUGCUUCGACUGUCACCCACCUAAAUGAAAUUCCCGAAGGUUUUCACGUUUUGUGCACUACUUCUGAAGGCCACGUUGUCGUGACGCGUUCCAUAGACUCUGUUAUUUCUCUUUCAGCUGGUGAUAGAAAAUCCAGUUCGGAGAAUAAAGUUGGUUCUAGUCCAAACAAUUCUACGUCCACUGCUUUAUCAGACACUGCUCAACUCAUGUUUGGUCAUGUUUUAACAGCGCAGGAGAGUGACAAAUUAUGCUCUAGAACCAACAAUGGCUCUGGUGAUGGACUAAUCCAGCUAGACAAUGAUAUGAAAUCAGAUGACCACGUGAACACGGUCAGCGGUCACCACUGUCACUUAGAAGUAGUAGCUGCAGCCGAUGGUCUUGCAUCCUUGGGUACAGAUGUAACAGUAAUAGAAGGUGCUAAUGAUGAUCAGGAGCUAGGGGGAACAUUUGUAAUGGAUAUAGACAGUGGUGAAAGGAUUUUUGUGCAAACCUCAGAAGAGAACAUUAGUUUACAAAUAGAUCAGUCUGGGGAGGAUGAGCAGUAUGGGUCAGACGAACCUAAAGUAAAGCUCUUAAGAUUAACAUGAUAGUUUGGUGCUGUUUGUGAUAUUAUAAGUUACUUCUAUACAGAAUGAGUUUAUUUAUAUUGAUGUAUUUUUUUGGUUUAGUAAUAUGAUAAUUUCAAACUGGUUUAGCUGCUUCUUAAGUACAGUAUUUAAUUGUUUUAUUUCAGCAUUUUAUUGCACACCUAAAAGUAAUUCAACAAAAUUUCUUUCAAUAUCUGUUUAAAUUUUGUAAUUUUUAAACUUGUUUUUAUUGCCUCACCAUCUUCUAAUAUUACAUGUUGUUUUUCUAAGUAGAAUAAACAAAUUGCUUUUAUCUGUGUGCAGUUUCAGGGUUACUAACUUAGUUUUCGUUUAUAAGUUUCAUCAAUAAAAAAAAAGUUAAAACUCACUUAAUUUUCAACCUAAGCCCCAUUGUGGCAAUAUCAGUUGGUUUAACAAGAUUGAGGGAUUUGUUUAUUUAUCAAUGAUAAAAAUAAAAGAUGUUGGUUGCAUAUCAUCUGAGCUGAAUGAAGUAAAUGAAAGUGAAUGAGGCUCUAUAAUUCAGUAAAGAAAUAAAUUUUCCUUGUUGUUCCUUUUGCUUUUGUUGUAAGUUUGUGUACACUUUACAAGAAGAAAGUUGGCUUGCUCUUUGUUUAGGCCAUUAGCUUACCUUGAAUUGUUUUUUUUUUUCAAAUUAAAAAAAAUUUGCUUCCAUCCAGUUAAAGAUGGACUGGCAGUGUCUAUCAAUUCUCUCCAUCUUGUAUAAUUUGUUGUGUUUAUACUGUCCAUAUCACAUGUUUUAGUAUAUAUUUGAUGAUAAUACCAUUGGGUAUGCUUGAGAAAGUUGGUUUCAUUCAUUUAAUCUUCAUGAUAUUCAACUUAAUGUUUAUUUCUUUAGAUAAAUAAAAUUUCUCAUCAAACGUUAUUUGCCUGAUUAUGUCAUUUAAAUUCUCCUGACAGACAGCUUCC